AGAUUUUGAAGCACUCAAUGCAAGUGGUGUUAGUCCUGGUAAUACAUUGUACAGUAUCAGUGACCGACCAUCACCCAAAGCAUCCUCCAGUAUCACAUCUGUAUCUACGAGUGAAAGUGAAAAUGUUCCUCUUACAAAUAAAGCAAGAGUAAAGAGAAAGAAAGCGCCAAAACAAGAAGUUGAACAAAGUUUGUACAGUUAUUUUUCAUCACCUGUUGCUUCUCCAAGAUCAAGUCAACCUGAUGCAAGUAUAGUACUGGAUAGACGAGAACAAACACUUCCAACUGGUAAACUGUUGUUUAAUAAUUACAGUAUCGUUUCUCUUGAUAUUUAUGUACGUUACAUCUUAGAGCUCUUUCGAGGUCACACCAGUUAGGGGACUUUUUUCUAAUUUCCGCGAAAAUCACCUAUUUUACCUCUCAGUCGAAUUUGCACUAAGUAUCCAAAAUCAUAAUCCACCAUAAUCAAACAGCUGCAGGCUAGAUUGUUAUCCGCCUCAACAACUCAGCUUCGCUUCGGCAGAUAACAUUGAUGUCAUGCAAAAGCCUAAUCCAAUAAUUGUUUUAUUAUACAUUUAAAGACAUCAGAAACGUAUAAAACGAUUAAACGAAGUUUAGUAAUGUUUCAAGUAUAUUUAUUUUAUUUUCGCGCGCUUUUGGGUUUGAGUUGUUGGCCGCGCCGGAGCUUGGGCACAACAGCGUCCAAUAAUUUUUUUAUGCAAGUUCGAUCCAAAAAAACUAUUAUUGGACGCUGAGCACGUCAGCAGCUGAAAUGACGUAAUAUUGAGAAUUAUUUGGUGCUCUCUGACCAAUCAGGAACGAGAAUACAUACUAAAUGUGUAAUAAUGGAGGGAUUUGCAGAUGAAAAUUUCAAGUGGAAUAAAACAUUUAUUAGACGUAACCAGGAGCAGUUGCGAAAAAUACGACGAUCGAGACUGACAGGAAUAGAACCUGCGGAAUCGAACCUUGCUACUAUUGCUACAGUGCCGAAGGCCAUAAGCAAGCGACUUCAUUUGUUUUUCACUUCUUUAGUAACGUGGGACACACCUGAAAAGGAUGAAGAUGAUUUAUUUGGUCAAAUGGUCAGUCAACCAACAAGUGGUAAACAGAUUGCAGACGAGAAAAUCAUUUUCAAAGCAUUCUUUCUUGGCAUGGGUUUCCUGCAACCGUCAGAGGAAUUUUCAUCUUGUUCGGACAAAACAUUCUCUCUACUUGUUAAACUACGAUGUUUACGCCUGGAUAUAUCUGAAGGGAAACUAGAUUGUUUAAGAAAGACCAAGGUCGAGAUACCACGAGUCGUCACUAGUGAGUCACAAAACAACACCCCGUCAUUCAUGUUCCAAAAUUUCGAAACGAAAGUUAAUAUCAAGAGUAGUCCUUUAAUAAAUAAUAGCCCAAAGAAAUAUGCCGAAGAGAAAUUCCAUGGCAAAGAUAAACUAGAUACCGCACCCUUGGAACCAUCGAGCAUUACCCAUUCUGCUCAUGUAAAAGUCAGUUGCCACUCAGCAACACAAAGCAUCAAUCUUUCUUUAAUUCGGUUAUUGCUUCAAGUAGCAGAUAUGAUUGAUAUCCUUGGUGAAAAUUAUGAUGGAAUUAAAGCCGAGAAAGUUUCUCCAAGGGAUGUUUUACCGAAUGAGAGAGAACCAGGAGAAGUGAAGGCCGCCUCUGAAAAUCAGAAAUGUUGGAGAAUAAUGUCCCAGGUUUCUGAUUUAUAUUCUACAUUGCCUUCUGGACAAAACACUUUGACCAAAGAAGGGUCAGGUAAGUGUAUCCGAUUUGUCAAAAAUUUCGUUGUAGCAAUAAACAAGCUGGAAUAUGUUGGUCAAAAGGCCUCUCUUCUCCCGCCCGCACUAAACGCAGGCUAGUCAGUGGUUGAUUCGCAUGCUGUUUACAAGUCAAUUUGGGAAUAUUUAACCUUUCCAGAGGAAUCAUAAUUAUGAGAAUUUUGAAAACAGUGGAAAUUCAUUUUUUCAUUCAAGUGUGCAGAUCCGACUAAGUCGUUCACACUAUUUAACAACCUGCCACCAGCAAGCAGAAAGAACUUGUCACAUUUUAUGAAAAUAAAAUAUUUAGAUCAAAUCUCUUGGAAUUUGUUGACAGAGUUGUUACUCGUAAAUAAAAUGCGUAUGAGGAAGACGUGACUCAUUUAACGUAUAUUUUACAAGACAUAUAUUUUUGCUUUAGCUCAACUUCGAGAACAUAAGAUAGACAUGGAGGGCACUUCAAGUCAAGUCAAACGUCGUCAACUAUCUCGCACCCUGAGCAGUCCGAAAGACAUCAGGUUUAUCUCCAGUAGACUGUCACGUGACCCUCCUCAACUAAAGGUGGUAGUGGUGUUAAUGUUACAAAAACUGAAGUGCGUCGCAACAUUGGGAGAACUGUGUUUACAAACUGAUAUGAAUAGUAUCAGCUUUUGCGCUUGUCAUAAAGUAGAGAAACAGCAGGGGACAUUGGUUAAGAGAGCAUCUGUCGGUAUGGUGCUUUAACUUCAUAGAUAUUUUUUGCCUUUGUGUUGCAGGUUCUUGCAUAAGUAUAAUAAGAGUAUAGUUCUGAAUUGUUCUCCCUGUUAAUCCAGAAAAGGGACCAUCUCGUCCAGUGUUACUACAGGAGGAAACUGGUAGAAUCAAACUGAGAGCACUCUUAUCACAUGUAAAUGAGGCGAAUUCAUAAUUGGUCAGUAGAGUGUUUACCGAGGGAGUCAAGCUCAAUUAUAGACGGCAUGGAUACGACGUACGAAUCCAUCACUCUCUGUCACCCGCUGUCGAAUUGGCAAGAAUAGUUGUUCACCUCAUUUAACCUGAUUAUUUGACCUGUGAAUUUCAGAAACUUGCUGUAGAAAGAUUGUGUCAUCUUCCGUCUCUGCACACUUACAGAAAGCACGUCUUGUUCUCUCCGAAAUAGGACACCAAGAUGGGUAAGUGCUAUCUCAAACUCAACAAACGUAACGUACCAUACACUCAUUGCACCAAGGUAGAGGCGCCAAGAGAAGUUCUAGAUUUUCUGUUUAGUCUAUAAAUUUCAACUGGUAUAAAUAGACCUAAUCACCUCAAAAAUAUUUAUGCCCUUGCCACUCAAUUCAAAUUUUCGGAUAACUCGCAUAGUCACCACUAUUACCGUGAUGCAUAAAGUCCGAUUGGGUUUAUUUAUACCACCAAAAUUUAUUGAUUAACGAUUAAGUUUCUUACCGCGUUAGCAAUCCCAGUAAAAUGUUUGAUGUUGAGUUUUGUUGUGUUUCUUUAGCACUGUAGUGAGCUGUGUCAUGAAUACAUCUCAUGGUAUGUAUUCGUGUGUAAACAAACGAGAAGAUGUAAAGAAAAGUAUUGUUAUCUCACUUGGUGCAAUUGAUGUCGAUAUUCCUCAACAUCCUGUUGCUCUACACUGUAUGAUGACCAGAAGUUCCAAGACCCUUUCAAAACAACUAUCAGAAAUUCAAAGUCAGAGAAGUGUAAUGAGGUAUUUAGUUUUCAACGUUUAUAUCAUAUCUAUACUGUGUUUGCUCCGUGUUUUACCACCAAAGUGGCUGAACUGGCGUUUCUUUCUGCGCAUGCUCUGAUAGUUUGACUGCGAAAUUGUUGCAUUCACUAGAAUAAUCACAAUAUUAUAUAUAAUCGUACUGAACAUUAAAAAAUGAUAGCAAAUAGUACAACAUGCAAAGGCUUUGUGCAUAUACCGUAGAAACGUUUAAUCGUGCGAAAAAUGCACUUCCUCCCAGAAAAUAUUUACACCACUUGCCAACACUGAACCCCUAAAGGUACAUCUAUGUUAUGAUAGGCUAGCGUCAUAUUCAAUAUGUUUCCAUAUAUAGAACUUUUAGCAGCCUGGAGCGUUCAUCUCUUGUGGAGUUAUCACGUGACAAAGAUGAAGGUGAUGUUGGUAUUGGUGAUAAUGUUCCUUCAGUUGAGAGGGACGAUAUUGAUGUAACUGAUAGUGGCUUUCCAUGUAAAGACACUCAGCCUACUAAAGAUUUCCCUCAAAUGUCUGUCAAAGUGGUGCUACAAGGUUUCUCAAUUGGGGCUUCUUUACUACCUUCUCUGAAGGUAGAGUACAAGGUAAGUAUUAUCAGUGGUUCUUGACUUACUUGUGAUCACUAUAUCGUUUCUAACCAGUUCUUUAAACAUUUAUAAUUAUUUAUGGUAUUAAUGACCAAAUGAUGUUAUGUUUAGAUUGGCACAGUUUCGUCCUUUGGAAAGACUGGUAAAGAAAAUUCAUUUAAACUUGAUAUGCCUCAACAUCAUCUUAGUUUCACUUCAAAGGUAAGUUUGCGUUCCUUGGUGAAUGGCCAUUUUUUUGGGAUAACUCACGUUAUCACCACUAACCAUUGUUAUGGUCAAAGGCUUUCUCAGAAACGUGUCAAGACCUUACAUCAUCAAUUUAAAUUGUUCUGGGAUUAUAUUCAUUUACCUAAACCAUGCGUAAUCGUUUAUAUUCAGGUAAAAUCAUUGGACAGCAGUAUUCCGGCGUCCACAUCCAUUCACCUUCCUCGAGUUGACAUCUCUGGUGUCCUGGAUCAAAUCAAUACAUCUAGUGACGUCACAUCAGUUCCUGGAAAAAGGCACUUGAAGGUUGUCGCAGAUAUUGGAACUCUAAAUCAAAAUCUAUCCACUGAUUUACUCAACCAUCUAAUAUUUAUUCAAAAGGGAUUUAUGAAGGUAUUUUCUUCCAAGUAAAUUUUUUCACUUCUGCAGCCUAAAUUUCCCAACCACGAGUACUAAAUAGUGUAAAAACACCAACAGGAGAGAUUUCAGGGUUAUUACUAAAAAUAAAACCGUGCUUAUACUUGCAAUAUCUAACUGUAUAGAUUAUUAUUACAUAUUUGAGAAAUCGUGUAAUUAGAUCUUUUUUAGAUUUAUUGAAACAAGUAACGUUUUUACGAUUAUACAUACAUAGUUAGUUUCAUCAGCCUACGGUUUAUUUAUUUAUUUAAACAUAUUUUGGUCAGAAUGAGUUUGCCCCAAGAGCGUACACACUCAUCAAGGGGGCUUACUCGAUAAGCUCAUCAACCUUCGAACCAUGUCAUCCAAAUGAAUAACAAUGUUUCCUUGCGUUCAGGAAGUGAACGAUGUCUUACAACGAGUGUCUGGAGAAAGUCAACCUGUUCCAUUAUGGCGUACUGCAUCAACUGACAACGUUGACACAGAUGAUAAAGAAAGCGUUUUCCUGAUUUUCACAUUCACUCUUAACCUGAAAGUGAGUUUUCAUGCUAUUACCUAGUCCUUAUAUUGGCGAUAAGUUAAUUGAGCUAACCACGAAGUAGGUGAUAUAAGUUAAGUAAAAUUGCCAACGUUCGCAAUAUCCCACGGUUCACGUGCACAAAUGCACGUCUGUCUUGAAGGUAGCGCGGUCGUCAGAGCAAGCGCCUUUCUGAGAACGUGGGUUCGAUUCUCGUUAUGGACUCAUGUGAAAAGAGUCAGUCAACGCUCUACCGAAAGUCGUGGGUUUUCUCCAAGUGCUCCGGUUUCCUCCCACAGGGAAAGUUGACAGGGAGGGUUAGGAUAAGCAUAGUUAGGAAAGUUAUUAUAUCACAAUUUGUUGUAAAGAUAAUUAGUCUAGGCUACACGCGUAAAAACGCUCAGGUUGAUGCAAUACUGAUGAAAACAGGAUUGAACAAUGUUUUGCUGCCCACAUUGUUCAUAACUGUCAACAAUAUUGAACAAUAUUGUUACACCCGAUUCAGGCUCAACAGCAUUGUUCAAUAUUGUUGACAAGUGUGAACAACAUGGGGUGCAAAACAUUGUUCAAUCCUGUUGAGCAGUGGUCUCGGCGUUUUUCGCCGUGUAGAGUAAGUAGGUAAUACGUAAGCGAAAUACUUGAUGUAAUCGGCCACUGAAAAGCCCCGUUGGGGAGUGAGCUGAAUAAUAUAUAUGUAUGUAUGUAAGGUCAGGGAAACAGCAUUGAAGGGAAAUGUUGCAGGAUGCAGUGUAUUGAACAGUUCAAACCUGUUUACAAGAGAAAUGAUCGCACACUACAUAAAACGCCAUAAUUGAGGCGUACACUCUAUUCAUUUCGCAAUCGAAAUAUUUACUUUAUAUUGUAUUAACCAUCACUCCACGCUAUAUACGCACCUCUUCAGCGUGUAUAUUUAUGAUUCAUUCAUGCUGGUAUAAAUGAAGAUUGUUUCACGUUUAUAAUUUUUCACAGGGUAUAAAGAUUACUGCUACAACACCGUCCUCUACUGCAGUUCGCUUGGAAACUGGAUCUGUGAAUCUGGAAGUGUCAAAUAAUGAACCAGUAAUGAAGAAAGAAAGUUCAAGCAAUAUCGAAAGUAAGCAUCCAACUUACAUGUAAGACUAUGUUACAUGAAACGAUUUUUAACCGCAAUUUGUAAUACAAAUAACCACCUUAGUCCAAUAAUUCGUAGUUGGUUUAUACAAAUUCUGAGAUAUAUUUUCUACAAACAUUCAGAGAAUGAUCAAAGGAAAGCUAAAGUGUUUGUGAGAGCAGACGUUGAUCUCACGCUGUCACUUGUGCAGUUCUUAAAGGUACAGUAACAUCUCUACACCAGUAAAAUUCAGAUCAACAACAUUUAUUUGUGUCUAUAAAUUUACAUUUUUUACAGUUUUAUCACACUCAACAGAAAGAUAAUUGCAAGACACCGGUUGCUUAAAUAACCAUGUUGUCAUCAGCCUGAAAAUGCAGGAGGAAAACCCUGAUAUUUUGCGUCAGAGUCUUUGUAGGCCUGACGUUUACUCGAAACGUGUAAUUACUAUUGUAGCGAACUGGAUAAUUAUGUUUCUGUGUUCAUUUUAGGAUCAAAUAUUGGGAGACAUGAACGAUUUUCAACAACUUGCUUUCUUUAAUACUCAUGUUGGGAUACGCAAUUGUCUUCAGGUUUGCAAUCAAUUUUAUAUUAACAUAAAACGCGAUACUCGUCUUUUCCAGUAUUUAUUUCGAACUAAUAAACUGUGGUGUUUCCUCAAUAAGCAUUUUCCAUGAAUUGGUCACAUGACCCCAAUUUCCCUCAAUUUAAUUUUCAAAAUUUUCUCACGAUUUAUAUGCAGGGAACAUUCUCUGGAUGGUAAAACUUCCAUCCAGAACAUUUUCCAAAACUAAUCUCAAGAACAUUUUCAAUCUUAAAUUAAAUGCCAUUUUUUCCCUAUUGCAUAUUAAUUAAACGCUGAAAUUUGUUACUAAUAUUGUCCCCCUGAAAUGAAAAGAGCACGUCAAUGUUCUUUUAAUUUAUGUGGUUCACUUUGACACAGCUGCUCGUUUUGAAGGCAAUGAGGUCACGUGAGUGAGUUACUUGUCACCAGGCAAACACACAAACAACUUGAAAAGUAAAAUAUUCGUUUUCGUUCACUUCAUGGCGUUCACGUUGUUUACCAUUUAUGUAUUCAUUUUCUUCAGGGGAGAGCCAAAUUGGAAGAAAAAGAAACUUUACUUAUUUCUGUUGUUAAACCCUUUGUUUACGUUCAACCUGUGGCGUUUGAUAAAGGUAUGCAAGAUAAAAUAACUCUAUUUUCCUUCAUAAUAUGCAUGAAAAGGUUACUUAAUUCUGAUUGGCUAAGAGCAGUGCACGAAAUACAUUGGCAAAAAAGAAAUUUGGUGCCAAAACAUAAUUCUGUACAAAAAAGGAGAGUUACGGGACAAGCGCCUAAACAAAAGAAAAUUUGAAUAAAAUUUUGACUUUAGACAGUUGAAACAUGUAUUAAGUUGUUGUGCCAUUCAAAUGAGUAAAUAGACCUUAUGCCUAAUGACGUCACAAAGCUUGAUGCCCGCGAGGAAUGUUGGUCUUAGUAGUCAUCGCCCGGAAAAAUUUCGAUAGUGGCCAUUUUGAAUUGUUUAAUUUUCCCGGGCGAUGACUACUAAGACCAGCAUUGCUCGGGGCAUCAACCCUUGUGACGUCAUUAUGCGUAAGGUCUACUGUUUAUUUUACAUGUGUUUCAUGCAUGCAAGUGACCAUCAAUUUGCUUCUGCAUAAUUUUUUCGUAUGUAUUUUAUUAAUAAGUAAUACUAUGGUUCUCGUCCUUCGGACUUUUACAAUUUUUAUCGUCUCUUUCGUGCAUGUUAUUUCCCAAAUUGCUUGGUACAUUGGGAAUCGCUCGCUUCUUUAUUCGCAAAAUCAAACUAGAUAUUACAGGUAAACUACGUGAAGCGUUCCUCUUUUGAGUUUCUAAAUUGAUUGCAAUUUUCCUCAUUACUUUUGCAAUUUAAAAAACUCCCUUGCAAAUCCCUUGAGGAAAUUUGCAAUGUUGCUAAAAGCCAAUUAAAUUUUCCUCAGUUCCUGUUAGAAGUUCUUAACUUCCUGUUACAAGUUCCUAACUUCCUGUUCUGUUCUGGGCGUUGCAGUUGGCUAACAAAAAUAAUCGACCAAUGACAACGCUCAGAACAGAACAGGAAGUCAGAAAAUUAGAACAGGAAGUUAGGAAAAUUUAAAAUGAAGUUUGUUUGCAUUGGAAUAUUGCAACAUCCGAUAAGAACAUUGCAAAUUCCCUCAAGGGAUUUGCAAAGAGUUUUUCAAAUUUGCAAAGCUAAUGAGGAAAAUUCCAAAUGAGUUACGAAGUCAAAAGAGGAACGCUUCACGUAGUUUACCUGUAAGAGUUGACCAAAACAAUAGACCUUACCGUUUAUUCACUUUUUACACAAUGGCCUCGUUUUUGCCAGUUUUUGCAUGACAGGCGCACAUGAAGGUUAUAUUCCCAUGUUUCCUUCACGAUUUAAGCCCAAUAACAAGUACGUUCUUGACCCUAUUGUGCACGAAACACGAGUAAAUACCUGACACGAAAACGAGGCCAUUGGGUGAAACGUCAAUAAACGGUAAGGUCUAUUGUUAACGUAUUUUAAUUUGUGUGUUGUUUAGCUGUGUUGUUAUAUUUGAAUUACAAGAAUGCUUACAGCUACUGGAAUGAACAACGGAUGUCACUUAAUGAAGAUGUAUGUUUGAAAUAUAUGAUUUAAUUUAUACAGGAUAUCACAUUCAUCACGACUGUCACUCAGUCGUAUUGUAUACGUGAUUAUGUGGGCUACUAUCAUAUAUAUUCACAAGCUUUCUUGCGUGAUUAAACAAAUUAAAUAUUGUAUGGUCACGCCUGUUUUGUUCCAACACGACAUGUUUCAUUUCCACUUUCAGGUACAAUUUGCCACUCAAGCUGUGUUUGAAAAACUACCACAGCCUCACCCAACAGCCCAGCUGUCUGGAUUCUUGUUUUUACAACUUACUGUUAGUGAGUUAGGAAUCUGCCUCCCCCUGUACAAUCUUAACCAGGUGUGUAUACGCGCAUGCUGGAUUGCAAUGCAGCCUUCUCAUGGGAACAGUUUAGCCAUGCAGGAUAACCGUAUUGUCACAUCACACUACUGUAACAACCUGUCAGUUAUAUCUUGGACUUAACUUGUUAAUAAGAGUUUAGAAUGUAUCUAUUUCUGCCGGGUCAACUGCAUGCAUGAGGUGUGGGAGAGGGGCAGAAUGCUUAUAAUGAAAUUGUGGUGCCCAAACGAAGUUUGGCAUCGCUUUAUAUUCGCAGCGUGAGUUUGUUAUUCUGUUAGUUUGUUAGUUAUUAUAUUUCUCUAUUAACUUUAUUAUCUGUUUAUUUUUAACGGUCUUGACCACGAAGCUAACUUGUUAAAAUUGUUGACCAUCUCCCACAGUAAAUCAAAACCUAACUGUGUUGUUUUUACUUGAUUACCAUAGGAACAACCUUUGAUCACAUCACAAGGUUCUGGAGGUAGAAUGUUAUAUUUUAUUAUAUUUUAUUAUAUUUUAUUAUAUUUUAUUAUAUUUUAUUAUAUUUUAUUAUAUUUUAUUAUAUUUUAUUAUAUUUUAUUAUAUUUUAUUAUAUUUUAUUAUAUUUUAUUAUAUUUUAUUAUAUUUUAUUAUAUUUUAUAACGAAAACCCGCUAGUAUCACUUCAGUAUUAUUGGUAUUUACUUAUCUCAUUGAGUCCCCAACGUGAUAGUAGUCACGUUUCAAGUUCGGGGCCUCAAAUAGAGCACUGUUGCUGCUUAGUUCUCUUAAAUUAUGAUGUAUAGUUACCUCUGGGAAAAUUUCUGCCCGGAUCCCGUGAUAUUUUUCUGUGGCUUUACGUCCUAUUUGGCGUCGCCAUCGCGUCACUGUUCUUAAACUAAAUUUCUCUUAUACUACAAGACAGUUGAUCACCUAAAAUACUUUCCUUUGCAAUUCAGAUGUUAACUACGACAAAGUUGUGCUUUAUGCUUAAUGCUUUUUACCUUCUUCACCUAGACAUAAACAUGGCUAUGGUUCUCACGAUGGAAAAUAUGUUACUCACAUGCUGCUCAAGUGCUUCCUUUGUAAGCAAGGGAAAUUUUACUGACUUCUGUUUACGAUUCGCUGAGAAGUUUGAUGUUAAACAGAGAGAUUGGAAACCUCAAAAGCGAGACGGCAUUCUUAUGAAUUCAUGUAAGUUGUUCUAGCGUGUGAUUAUCUAACCUAAUGGUUUGUCGGCCAGUUUGUUAGUGUGAAUGCGCUUGUGUGAGACCAUGGCAAGAGAAUCUCAGUUUAUCCAGUAGAGACUUUAAAAUAAAUUGAAGAAUGUCGAACUAAUCUACACUAACUUUUCGAAAACUGUUUAUUAAUUUUGCUUUGACUUUCAGGUAAAGUACCAAACGGAACAUACGAGAUUUGUUCUCGUACAAUACGUGAGCCAUAUGCCAAUUGUAAGUAAUACCUAAUUUUAUGAUAUAUCAAUUUUGUAUCUCAUAUGAUGCAGAAAGAUGACGUUAAACUAUGUGUUAAAUUGUAGCUUAGGUAGUAAUAUUGUUGUGAUACUUUAAACUUUGCAUUGAAGUCAUCUGAGUGACCGCUACUCACAUCUGAAACCAUGGGUACGAUUCUCAUUCAGCACUCAAGAUACUGAGUAUCACUCAAGGUACAUGUGGAACGAGUUAUUCAACGCUCUGCCGAAAUUCUUUGGAUAUUCCCGGGUACUCCAGUUUCCUGUUUUCUCAGGGAAAGUUGACAUGGUGGAUUAGAGCUAGGAUUCAUCAGGCCUGUUUACACUUUCUACUGCGAUUUUAGGUAUGAUUUUCUUCUGUUGAUGGAUGUGAACGAGUGGAUGAGUUUUGAAUGUUCAGAUGAGGGUACAUCAGUGAAGCGUAUACUCCGAACAUUCAUAACUUAUUUACUCGUUCACAUCCAUCAAAAGAAGAAAAUCGCACUAGAAAUCGCAGCAAAAAUUGCAAGUGUAAACGGGCCUAUAGAAGUGGAUUCACAACCCCAUCAGAUUUACUUAAACAAAGUGUCGUAAUUAAAUAAGAAUGAUAUCAUUUAUCGUUCCGUCAUUUACGUUUUCCUGUAGACAUGACAAAAGCAGGAAAGAUGGUGAUGUCACUGAUGUGGAAGAUGUGUGGUAUUGAUGUACAUUGUGAUACUGAGAUUGGGAAACGUUUAAAAGCAUUAGGUCAGACAUUAACUUCUGUCACUGGUGAUAGUGAUAUUGCGAAUCUGGAGUCAGUUGCUGAGGAUUCUGAAGACCACCUCACGCCAGAUAAAGAGAAGGAAGUUGAACACGAGGAAACUGAUGAUGAAUGUUUUGAUGAAACUGAUUUCACACCUAAACAUUUACACAAUGAAAACCCACAAAAUCUUGAGAAAGAAAUGUGGAAGCAAGCCAGAAAAGUGAAUGAAUUAAGGUAA